UUAUCGAUAUAUCGAUUUCUGUAGAUGGCUCCAUCGAUUAAGUGUCGAUUAUAGCUAUAAGUGGCAACCCUAGCCCCGCAACAAUUCGAGUUUGACGCUGAAUUCUGGCAAUGUAAUUUUGUGAUAUUUUCCAACCGUAUGUGAAACGUAAAACUAGUUUAGAAGUUGGUGAUAUUACCUCUCGCCAUGAGCAUCAAGAGCCCGGCCCUGCAGCUGGCCGAGCCGCAGCUGGCCAAGCUAACCAGUGAGUCGGAGGAGAUCAGGAUGCGCGCCCUUAACCAGGUGGAGACGCGCUUCAUGCGCUGCCUGCAGUUGGGCGAGACAAUUGACUUCAAGCCAAUGAUGUUGAUGAAGCAACUCAUCCGCUGGUUCGGACAAACGCCACAUCUCGCUGCGGACAGAGUCUUGGCCAUUAUGCUGGAGCUGCUGCGCUCAGAGUACGGCAGCGUGGUGGUACGCAAGAUUACCUACGACCGGCUGUCGACGGAGCUGGGUAAGGUGCGGCGCAUUCUGCGAUCGCUGGAGUCCGAGCGGGUUACCGAUCUGCUUGACGACCUCCAGUAUUUGCUGCUCCAAAAGUACAACAUCCGCCUGGAGACACCGUCGGGGUCUUCGAUUAGUUCUGUUAAUGUGACCACCGAGGGAACAGAGUCGGUGACCAGCAGCAUUAGCAUUGUAAAGGACACUCUCAAGCCGGAGGAUUACGAGCCCGCUUGGUCGCAGCCCUGUCCGGAGGAUGUGGCCAGCUUGCAGAGCAUGAUAAAUAUGCCACGAAACGAAGGGACCGAUGCCAUCGAGGUGCAGGUGCAGCUUACACAACUGACCAUCAGGAUGGGCGACUACCCGGCGGAGUACCUUCUGCAGCCGCCAUACACUUUCCUGAUCCUGGUGCAGCUUCAGCAGCGCCGCGACGGCUGCCUGCUGCAUGUGAACCGGGCGAUCAUAGCGUACUUAAAACAGCUCCAGCGCCGCAUUGAGAUUCGCUGCACUACCAUGUGCUAUGCGAAUAGUCUGGAUGCUCCCGGAUCGCUCGCCAGGCAACUGAGGGUUGAGAGCGCCCUGUCACUGGUGCUGAACAACUGCCUCGACCUGGUUAUGAAGUGCUCCGAUAACGACAAGUGGCAUGUCCUGGAGCUGGUCAAGCAGGCGGUCAAGACAUACAAAGUACUCAAGGUGGGUAUAGCGCCAGGUGUCACCACUCGAUUCGGGGACAUGGUCAGGAAGCUGCUCAAAUUCUGCAGCAGCCGGACCGGCACUAAGUUGAGCGAGCUGGUCAGCUCCCUGAUGGUUCCCCGGCUGCAGUCGCUGAUCUUCAACGACCAGCUGCUGGAGAUAAUGCUCCUGAACAUCAAUUAUGACAAGAUGUUGAAUAGCGCUCAGGCCAACUCCCUCAUAAAGCCCAUUCUCAUGGACACUUGCUUCCUGAGCCUGCCAGGUCGCCAGAGCGCGCUGGGCGACCUUAAGGGCGUGGCCUUGAUGAACUCCACGGAUGAUGACCAUUUGAGGAAGCUGAAAAUUGCCUACAUGAGCGCACUGGAUCAAUUCCAGUCAACGACCCAGAUGAAGGCUCCGUUGCUGAUCGAAGCGAAUGCGGUGCUUGUGGUGGUCAACCAGCUGGGCAGUAAGAGGCUGGUGAAGCAGCUAUUCGACGCCGUUGUAGAGUGCACCCCGCUCUAUCCUGGCAAUCUGAAGCUAAAGAUUAAGGCCCAGACGGUGCUUUGGACCUUGGUGGACUUGCCCGAUAAGCAGCUCCGCUGGUUUCUUUACGGCCUGAUGCGCAAUCCGGUGACAAGUCAUUUUCAUGCCUUUAUGACCAAGACGGUGUACAUGCCAGGCUGCACCAAUUUGGAGCUAGUGCGUCAGGGCAUUCUCGGAUUGCCGCUGACCAGCAGGUUCCUUCAAAAACUGAUCGUCCAGAGUUGGGACAUGGAGGCGCCGCAGAAUGUGAGGCAGUGGUGCCUCGAUUACUUCAUCCUGCUCUUCAAGCUGCAUAACUUUGUGGGGCAGCAGGACCUUCAGAAUAUUAUCCAAAUAGUUUAUCCUCUGCUGCCGCUGCUGAUCUGCCGCACCAUCUCGGACACUCAGCUGACGCACGCUAUCUGGGCGCUUUGGCAUCCCAAUACUUGCAUGAUAAAAGCGCCACCGAAUCUGCGGAUAUUCGUCUGCUACCUUUUCCAUCCGCACAUUGAGGUCAGACAUAAGGCUCCCAUCCCAAUUAACUUAAUCCUGCAGGCGUUGGAUAUGAAAAAGAAGAGCCUGACCCCCCGCGAUCAGUUGGUACACAAGUGGACGGACCCGGAUAUCUGCCUGAUAAAGCCGCCGUUGAAUUAUAAAGAAAUCUUCGCGAAGCCCACUGAGGAAGCCUUUCAGGGACAGCGCAGCUUGGAUGCCCUGAUGGGGUUGCUGGAGACCAAGGACCUGCGGCCAUCUAUCAGAAAGUCCUCAAUGGCUCAGCUAAAUGUGCUGCUCCGAAAUUGGAAGGCCUGCGAGUGCUUUAACUCAAAGAAAGCCUUCAGCAUGAUUGUUUCUUCCCUGCCAAUUGGCUUGGAGACACAUCCCGGCGAUCCUGCAGAGGUGCUGGUGCCAGCCGUUAGUAUUUUGCUGAAGAUGAUGCUACAAAAUGCGGAUUUUCGUAAUCAGGUAGCCUACAUGCCCGAGAUGUACAUGAACCUGGUCCGUGCUAUGGUGCUGUUGCCCCACGAGGAGGAGUUGCGGCAAAAUGCCAGCAUCUGCCUCUUCGUGAUGCUCUUCUACGACGAUAUCAUUGCCACCGAGGACAAGCUGGUGAUUGCAGUACAACUGGGUGGCCUGAUGUCGCCAGUCACCCAUGAAGUGGAAAUCCCAGUUCCACACAGCCCCGUUACCGAAGGUGUAAGUGCACAGCAGCGCCUGGAUAAGGCCUAUUUUGGGGAUGAUGAGACCGCCUCUGGCCAGCAUUGGCGCCUGUUUUUGUGUCACUACCUACGCAAGGUCAUGACACAAGAGAGCAUGCAGGCCUUGGACAUCAGGAGUGAGCUUAAGAUGAACCUGGGUGACGUGGCCAUGAUGCAGGCCUCGGAACCAGACGUACAGCUGCGCAAUCAGCUGAUGGCGGCGAGUAACUGCAGCAGUCACGAAGCCCUGCAGCAGAAGCUCGAUGUCAUUCAGUUGUUCCUGGUCCAUCUGCGCAGCUCUAUACCGGACUCGGAGGGCCAGAGUUUAUGGCAGCUGAUCAACAAAUACAUACGCUCGGCCCCAGCCAACGAUGCGGAUUGUAAGCUCUACAUGUCACUGCUGGAACUGUGCCUCACCUGCCUCAGCUUCUCCCAUGACCAGGUGAUCAAGGGGCUGAACGAGGCCCUCGAAACGGAUCCGAAUCACAGUUUCCUUUUGCUGCUGCAGGAUAGGAGUAUAUCCCUGGACGUGCUGCACCUAAUAGGCCAGUGUCUGGAGCAGCUGCUGGCCAACGAGAACGAGAUUCGCUUGAAGUGGCAUGGCAAGUUGUUCCUUCAGCUGAGUUCGAUGGCCAGGAAGCACUUUGAGAUCCGGCAGCUGCAGCAUGUGCGCUGUAUACUGGGCAUCCUGAGGCGCCUGAGCGAGCGGGAGCUGAUGCUCAGCAGUGUCCAGGUGAAGCACUAUUGUCAGCACUUUAUGCAGCUGUCCAGCGAUCUGAGAACCUCAACGCAGACGGGAGCCCAGUGGCUGCGCGACUGUCUACACAUCAUUUGCGAACUCCACUUGCUCCAACCCUCCGGGAAGACCACGAACAGCAUAUACGAGCCGGGUGUGGCCAAUAAGGUUCUACGCUAUCUGUUGGGACUCUGCGGGCACAGCGAUAGCGAUGUGCGUGCCCUCUCCUGGGUCCUGAUGGCCGACUGGCUCGGCUGCUGCGAUGUGAAGAUGGAGAGCAUUCUGCCGGGCUUAAACUUUCUGCCUGGCGGACUGCCAGCCUGCUGCCUGACCACGCUAUUGGACGUUCAUGAAGUGAUGCUGGUCAGAGUGCUGGCCGGCAGAGUAUUCAUCCGGCUGAUGCCGCUGGUGGGAGCCGAGGCAUGCGUGGAUAUUUUGCGGAAUCACACCUUUCUGAAGGAUGCCUCAUGGGCUCUGAGGACGCUGCAUGUGUCUCCCCAUCUGGACAAGCAGCCGGCGGGAGAGCAGCACUCCUGCGAGAUAAUCAGCUGCUAUGUUUCUAUAUGCAUCAGCAUGGUAAGCCUCGACCCGGAGUGGUGCAGCAGUACACUGUGCCAGCAUAGUUUCAUGAGUGGCCUCAGUGAUGUGUUUAAGACGCCACCGCCGACACUAGACCAGUAUUCGAAUGCCUUCUUUGAACUGUGUGCCGAGCACAUUUGCGAGCUGUAUGCCCUCUGCUAUGUGAAUAACUUUGAGUACCUCCAGAGGAGCAUCUGCCGCGACACCGUUUUUUUGGAGAGCUUCCUUGCGCUAAUUAACUAUGUGACGGACGUGGACCAGCAGGGUCAGCUAUUUAAGCUGCUCCUAGUGUUCUGCAAGGACUCGAAUGCAUUUUCAUACCUUUGCGCGGAGUUGGAGAAGAGGCCAGGCUUCUUCAUAGACUUUUUCCUGAUUGGACUGCAUAAAUCAGCCCUGGGAACCGAUCUCAGGCGCUACACGCUCAAGUGCCUGGCCAUGAUCUUUCUGAAAACACAGAGUGCUCCUUUGGUAAAUAAGCUGGAGCAAUAUGUUGUGCCCUUGUCUCCGAAUCGUGACCCAAGUAAACCUCCCUACACCGAGAAGGAAUUAGUUGGAAACAAUGUCAAGGCAAUUGCCUUCAUUUACCGAAUCCUGGAGGAUCAAUUCCUUUGCUAUUAUAUGGACAAAAGAACAAAUACUUUUCUGGAAGCCGUCGAUCCUGGGCACGUUCAGGUCUGUGAAACCUUCGGUGUCUUCCUGAAGUACUCCAAGGAGGCUGCCUCCAUAGCCGACGAGGCGCUUCUGGUGGAUCGGUUACUGAUUAUGUUCAAUGCAUUUCUGAAGGACGACAAAUUCGGGAAUGCCUCAGCCUAUGUAAGACGCGUGGGCGCCCAUAAGACACAGCAAAUCCUGGGCAAUCUCUUGGUGCUGCUUAAAAUGAUGUCGCAGUGGUUUAGCUCGCCCCAUUCGGUGCUCAAGGGGACCUCGUCUGCGGCCCUAAUGGUGAACAUAUUGGUCCGUCUCUGGCCGUGGCUAUCGCACUCGGCGGAGCUGAAGCAACUUGUCGUCCAGGUGGUCAUGUUCCUCACCGAGUACUCCUUUGAGAUGUGCAAGCAGACCUCACAGAUUCAGCCUGAGCAAUCACAUUCCCUGCUUCAGUUGAUGUCCCGCGUGGCUGACUUUGAGACCACCAGGAAGGAGCCCAACGCUGGAGCAUUUGGCGAGGGAACUUGCAUAAUUCCCGCCCUGAGGGUCAUGAGCAAUUGCUGUUCCUGCUCCGAGGGCCGCCUCAGCCUGUCCAAGAUGCACGUGCUGGACAUGUUCGAUACGAUUCUGCCCGCUAAUCCUUCGGUUAGCAAGGUGCGACCCCAGGUGGUUCGGGCUUGGCUGGCCUUUUGGGAAGUCUACUCCCGCUACGAUGUGGGCGCCAAGGCGUGUCACCUGCACUCCCUGAUGAACAUUGUCCGACGCCUGUCGCCACUGGACGACCGGAGGAUUCUGAGUCUUCGCAUCAUUCGCAACAUGAGCUUCUUUAAUAACAACCGCACUGUGCUCACGGAUAUGACAGAGUUCAUAAAUAUGCUGCGCGAUAUUCUUAAUCAACCGGUGAUGCAGAAGGAUGCCUCCAGUGAACAGGGCCUGAUCUCGUUCGAGGAACACCGCCUGGCGGUGCUGAUGCUGUACAAACUCUUCGGCUACGGGGCCAAGUACAAGGCCAAGCUGCGUGGCACUAAGCUAAUGCAACUGCUGACCCACCUCAAGGAUCAUAUGGAAGGCAUGAAGACUGAGAAAGAGGAUCGAUUUCCAGACAUUCCCUAUGCAGAAGAGCUCCUCGGGCUGCUGACCAAUUUCUUGGAGGCGGUGGAAGAGUAG